GUACAGUGUUGAAACCCUAACUAAACUAACUGAGAGAACGAGAGGGAGUCACGUGAGAGGCAGACCAUCUUCUUGAUAGAAGUCACGUGCACCACCCAACACGCAGCUCACCAUAAACAAAAGAGAAAGAAAGAACAACGAAAGAGAAAUAAACACCAGAAAUUAAAAAAAAAAACUUUAAAUACCAAAAAUAAACCCUAAGCUAAAAUCUUUUUUAAAAAGAAAAAGAAUGCAACCCAAAACCCUAAAUGUCUAAAUAUUUUUCCAUAAUCUCUUGAAUUCUCCCACUCAAGGAAGUUUUGUUGAUAAGAAUAUGCUGAUAUUCAUGUCGUUGGGAUUCAACAAAGGGUCAUGUUGGGAAGCAUUGAUACAGAGCCUAUGUGCAUCUGAAGAAAUGUCAGAAGCUGGAAUGGCUGUAGUGAAACCCCAGAUGAAGUCUUACAUUUGGCUCCAAACUGCCGAUGGUUCUAUCCAACAAGUAGAAGAAGAGGUAGCCAUGUUUUGCCCCAUGAUAUGCCGAGAAAUUAUUCAAACAGGCAUGGGAUCGUCCAAGAAUUAUGCUAUAUCACUUCCUCAACGAGUGAAUCCUGCCAUUUUGGGCUUAAUACUUGAUUACUGCCGGUUUCAUCAAGUACCAGGUCGCUCUAAUAAGGAGCGAAAAACUUUUGAUGAAAAGUUCAUUCGGAUGGAUACAAAAAGAUUAUGUGAGUUGACAUCUGCUGCAGACAGCCUCCAGUUGAAACCUUUGGUUGAUCUUACAAGCCGUGCGCUUGCUCGAAUUAUUGAAGGGAAAACUCCCGAGGAGAUACGUGAAACAUUUCAUUUGCCUGAUGAUCUCACAGAGGAAGAAAAAUUGGAGCCUCUUAGAAACAUCACUGAUGAUCCACGAAUCCGGCUUCUAAAUCGAUUAUAUGCAAGAAAGCGGAAAGAAUUAAAAGAGAGAGAAAAAUUGAAGGAUGUUGAGGUUGAGGAGGAGCGUGCAGAUGACCGCUCAGUUGAGGAUCUCCUAUCAUUUAUAAAUGGUGCAGAUGGAGAUUCAAAGGGGUGUAGAACGAGUAAGAAUAAAAAGAAAAACCGGAGAAAAAAAGAUCAAUCAAAAGAUUCCUCCUCAAACAAUUCAAAUGAAAACCAAAAGAAGGAGUCAGACACUCUCCCUUCUGCUUGCCCUAAUGAUGAGGUUAGCGAUAUUUUGGCAGCCUCUCCUAGUAGAACUUCAAAUUCUCAAGACUUUGAUGAUGCUGGCAUUGAUGAUGAUUUAGAUCCUGCAAAGAUGGAGGAACUUGACAGGGAGGUUGAGGACUUUGCUCGUAGAUUAAAUUCGGAUUGGCCAGAAAGGAUGCAGGAAAUAUUGUCGUUGGGCCCAGAAAGAAGGCUUGUAUCUAUGAAUGUCAAUGGAUCUUUACGUAGAUAUUCAGGUUUGGACCGGAGAUAAUGUGAGGAUACUCUUGCCCUUUCAAAAACCUUCAGCAGCAGCAUGAGUGUUUUGGAGAAGAUACUGCAUGGGGUUCGCUGCUGUCAGAUGCUGGAAGAAUUGAGGCUGUUAUUUGGUGUGUAUCGCAUGUGAGCAUAUUGUUUGUUUGACCCACCAAAAAUGCAAAAUUCUUCCUGGGCAUCCUUGUAUGUUCGAAAAGUUUAGAAAUUAGAAAUGAAAAGAACUCAUAGUGGGCAAUUCGAGCACAAUUUGCUCAGUUGUCUAUAUUUUUUCUGCUGUUGGGUUUUGUUUGUGACUUUCAGCUGUUUUCAUCGGCUAGCUCUUGUACCUUCGAAACAUUUUGCUUCCUCAAAAAUUUUUUCUUUCUUUCUAUUGAAUGCCACUCAAAUUUUUUUCCA